AAUACAGAUAAGAUAUGGCCUCCAGCAGCAAGGGUUCUGUGGGCAAGCGAGCAGCCACAGCCGACCAAACAGAACUGGCCGAGAAGCCUCCACUGGAGCAGCAACAACAGCAUCAGCAAAGGAAGCAUCAACAAAAACAACGGCCUCAGCAACAACAUGAACUACCUCAGCGACAGCAGGUAGAUCAUCAACUGCAGCAACAGCCACAGCAGCAGCCUCAGCAGCAGCCUCAGCAGCAGCCUCAGCAGCAGCCUCAGCAAAAGGCCCAGCAACAGCAGCAAGAACAGCGACAAGAUCAGCAACUACAGCCUCCACGCAGCUGCUUGAAACGCCCAUCGUCCGAGAAAUCCUUCGCUGGGCCCGACGACAAGCAAUCGAUGCACCCAACACCCGCCAGCUCAAUCGCCCAGAGAGAAACAAAGACGAAGCCAAGCCAUGUAACUGAAGGAGCUGAGGUGGAGGAUGGUACGGCUGCCGGGACCUUAGCGCUUCCGGAAGAGGCCACUCCCCCGGAAGGGACGCAGGCACGAACAAAAGAACGGAAAUCGGAAGCCGCAGAAACCUUGUGUGUUGUGCACAACCCACCGCCUGUCGGUGUCUACUACUCCGGCUCUGGAUUUCCAUUGUGUACGUGUAAACAAAGGCCAACAUGGUUCGACCUUCUUCUUGGAAGAUCAGCGGAUAAGAGAGCAGACUCGGAGGACAGUAAAGGUUUCCUCCGCGGUGACAGCUGCGCCUCCGUCGAGGCAAUACAGAAGGUCAACUGGAGCGAGACUAGCGACGUCGCAUCUGGAAAGCUGCGAACCAUGUUCAGAAAGUUCCACAGCAUGGAAGAUAACAGCGUGCGGAGCGAUGUCUUGCCAUCAACAGCGCAAGCCAUCUGCUUCGCUUUUGGUGUACUACUCCUCGUAACAGGCACUGGCGCGCUGCUAUAUUUUGUCUGGGAGGUGGACCACGAGGUGCAAGUGAGCGCAGUGCGCGGGCGCUACGCUGGCCGGACCCGUGUGGUGGGCGCGAGACAGGUGCACGAAUUUCUCGGCAUCAACUUUGCGCGCCAUCCCGUCCGUAGCAUGCGCUUUCAGCAGUCCCUGGUGAUGGACAGGCAAUAUCGUCUCGUCAAGGUACUCUCGAUGAAGCCGGGCUGUGUGCAGGACAAGGACUACGCAAUGGCCGACAGAGACCUCCCAGUGACCGAGCGCUGCCUUCAUCUGAACAUUUGGACGCCGAAGCUGCCGGGUCGCCGCUGCAAGAGCGAAUGCGAACUCAGGAAAUUACCAGAUUUAGCUGCCGGUCUAAAAGCCUGGCCCGUGUUCAACGCCAAGGAUCCCAAAACAGUACUCAUCAAAUUUGGAGGACACACCGAAGUCGUCAAAGCGUUUCGAGCCGAACAAUGCGAUUUCUUGAGAGGAUAUAUCCUUCCAAGGCGAAGGAGCUAAUUGCUGGCAAACCUUCAUUUUCUUAUCGUGCGUUCCACAAGGAGGGUGCGGCUAAUUUGGCACGCCAGAUAUCGCAGAAACAAAAGUGUAUCCCACACCAAUUUCAAAACAUUUCUAAUUGAAGCACUGCUACACAUUGAACAUCAGCAAAUUUGUACUAAACUGUAUAUUGCAUCUCGUUUGUGCUUCUUGCAUAAUAAAUAUCCAAUAC